AUGGUAGAAAAGAAAAGUGAAAUAGAGAUAUUAUCAGUAGAUUUAGUGGCAACAUGGUCAUUAGAUUUACAAGUGGAAACAUGUGCUAUAUGUAGAAAUCAUCUUAUGGAUAUGUGUAUUGAAUGUCAUGAUAAUUUAGAAGAUGAUUUAUGUACUAUAUCAUGGGGUAAGUGUGGACAUGCUUUUCAUAGACAUUGCAUUCAAAGGUGGCUCACAACUAAGAAUAUUUGUCCAUUAGACACCCAAGUUUGGAAAGAAGAAAAUAAAAAAUUUAAUUAA